AUGCGUCAGACGAGGCUGGCAGUCAGUGUAUGGUCCCUCCUAUGCCUUGGUGCAUAUGCAGCUCAUUCUUCGGAUGCAUCACUGUACCAGAGCAAGCUAUGGGUAGCAGGCAACAUUCGGUCAGCUAUGUUGGCUUCUGUCAGGACUAGGUUUAGUUGGGAACAAGGAACCGCGGCGGCAGCCGUGCUCGAAUUCGAUGAUCCAGAGUACUCUGUCUUUGGAUCUUCCCCAUUUCUGGCUUAUAGCGCUGCUGUACGGCAAAGUCCUGACGGUCGCCUCAGUCAAGAAAUCGGCGAUGCGCUGGAUGGCGCUGCGUUAGAUGGUGCCUCUGCUGGCUCUGCAGUUCUGUUGGGGAGUUUGACUGACCCAUCUCGGUACAACUAUUGGCUGGACGCGGCUAACGCCCAACUAAAUUUUUUACUCGACGUGGCUCCUCGUACCUCUACUGGAGCUAUUUCCCAUCGUAUUGACUCACGUCAAUAUUGGGCUGAUGGCGUCUACAUGGGGUUCCCCUUUAUUGCAUACUUUGGGGCGGUUACCAACAACGCAACUCUCCUCCAAAUCGCAUAUGAUCAAUGUCGGUUGUACCGUGAUGCUCUUAUUCUAGACGGUCCCACUGGAAAACUCUGGGGACAUAUUUACUCCGACGAUAAUAAAACGUGGAUAGAUGAAGGUAUCUGGGGAACUGGUAAUGCGUGGGCAGCACAUGGCAUGCUGCGCGUUGCUGUGACGAUUCAGAAGACUGAGCACUGUUCAGAAAUGGCUCCCCAGAUUGCUAAUCUUACCUUGUGGAUUAAGGAAAUUCUGGAUGGCGAGUUCGCUGCCCUGAGAUCAGACAAUUUGAUCCCGAACUAUAUCACUGGGGGUCCGUCCUUUCCUGACGCAGCCUCCUCCGCUGCUCUUUCUUCUGUGGCAUAUCGGGUUGCACAUGUAUUCCCCCAGAAUUUCGGCGCAAAUUACACAGACGUGGCUGCAAAAAUACGAGAUGCUGUAGUGGGCAAUAUCACGAACCUCGGUACCAUGCAGCCCAUAGUGAAUCCCUUACCAGAUCCCUUCCCAUAUUGGAAUCAAACAGGGCUGCUGAGUACAGAGUCGCAAGCAUUUGGAUUGAUGAUGCUUUCAGCAUGGAGGGACUGGAUUGGCGCCUGA